AGAUGGUGGAAAAAGAGGACCGAGGACUUUGCUCAGCAGCACACAUAUACAUACACACAGUGUAACAAAAACUAUAAAUAAUAAAAUGACGCAGUAAUUAGCUAUAUGUUCCAAGUACGCAAGUAGUAAUAUAUCUAGAGCGAGGGAAAGACGGAUGAGAAAGGUACCUAUUGUAUAUUUAUCGCUUGCUUGUACUGUCUGUCGCUGUACACAUUGGGCCAACCUUGGGCAACUUAAGAGAUGCAACGUAUGUGUUGGGCGGAGCUUGCAUUACCGUGAUCUCAUUCUAUCGCCCAAUAAAGAACGUAUAAAUAUCAGUGGCGGAUCGUUCAAAGAACUCGAUUCGCACCGGCUUGUCUACUUUCAGCCCGUUGAGUACUUUCACGAUUUAAGAGACAUUAAGAGACUUUAUACAUCUCUAAGUAAUAAUAUUACUUUAGUUUGCAUCGAUAUUUUCGGUUAAUUGUAUUUAUAAUUUUUGCUUGUAUGUAAAUUCCAUGUUGACGUGUAAAAGUGCCCUUGUGGCCUAUUUUCUGAAUAAAUGUUGAGGUUAAAGAUCACAUGUCACAUUAAAUACGUUUUGACGACGCAAUGCAACCCAACGCACCAGUUGAGUGUGGCCUGGGUCUUCGAUGCAAUCACCCACUAAUCACCAAUGCUGCAAUGUACAUGCGAAAUGAAGUGAAAGUCGAGCCGAAAAUUCGCGUCAAUCACAAAGUCGAUCUUUAAGGUCGUAUUGAAACCAGUUGUUAAAUUAGAAUCGACCUCAGGACCCCAUAUUCAAUUUGUAGAUAAGAUAAGAUAUACCGCCAAAAUCCGUGAUGAUGCUAUAGAUUACUAUAUUUAAACAUCCGAUAAGCCAUCCAGGAGGUAACAAACAAAUACAUAGAUUAGUGUGAAACAUACUGGGGCUACAAGCAGGUCCGCAAUGUGUCGUAUAGCCGUCCUUCUUCUGGGCCUAGGCCAGGCAUUGGCCUACAAGAAUCCGUACUAUGCGGAAGGCCACUCCACUAUGGUGCACCUAUUCGAGUGGAAAUGGGACGACAUCGCUGAUGAGUGCGAGCGGUUUCUCGGGCCGAAAGGAUUCGGUGGUAUUCAGAUUUCUCCGCCCAACGAAAAUGUUAUAAUCUGGGCCCAAAACCGCCCGUGGUGGGAGCGCUACCAGCCAAUUUCCUACAAAUUAGUAACUCGAUCGGGCGACGAGCAGCAAUUCUCUGACAUGGUCCGCCGGUGCAAUAAUGCUGGAGUAAGAAUUUACGUAGAUGCCGUCAUCAACCAUAUGACAGGCGAACCUGCAGACAAUGUGGGAACUGGUGGCAGUACUGCCAACUUCCAAGAGUGGUCGUACCCAGCGGUACCGUAUUCUGCUCAGGACUUCAACUGGCCGCAUUGUAUCAUUGAUGGCUGGGAUUAUGGGUGUUGUGCUGAUAGAGUGCGGAAUUGCGAGUUGGUGGGACUAAAAGAUUUGAAUCAGAAAUCAGAACAUGUGCGUCAAAUGAUACUUGAUUUCAUGAACAAACUUAUCGAUUUAGGCGUCGCUGGGUUCAGAAUUGAUGCAGCCAAACAUAUGUGGCCAGAAGACCUCCGCAUCAUCUACGACGGACUCCACAACUUAAAUACAGAUCACGGCUUUCCUCUAGGAGCUCGCCCUUACGUCUACCAAGAAGUCAUUGAUUUCGGAGGAGAAGCUAUCUCGCGAUACGAAUAUACCAGUUUAGCUGCUGUAACCGAGUUCAAGUUUGGACUUGAACUGAGCAGAUUGUUCCUAGGGAUAAACCAGCUGAGAUGGUUGGAUACCUGGGGUCCUGCUUGGGGCCUUCUUGAUCAUGAAGAUUCGCUUGUUUUUGUUGAUAACCAUGAUAACCAAAGAGGUCAUGGAGGUGGCGGUGAGAUCUUGACGUAUAAGAGAGCUAAACAGUAUAAGGGGGCUACUGCGUUCAUGUUGGCUCACCCGUAUGGGGAGCCGCAGCUAAUGAGCAGUUUCGAUUUUACUGAUAGUGAAAUUGGGCCACCUAUGGACUCUGAUGGAAAUAUUAUUUCACCUGUCAUUAAUUCAGAUGAUACUUGCGGCAAUGGCUGGGUGUGCGAGCACCGCUGGCGUGAGAUGUAUAACAUGGUCGGGUUCAGGAACGUAGCUGCUGGAACCAGCGUCAAUGGCUGGUGGGACAAUGGUAGCAAUCAGAUUGCCUUCUGCCGCGGAAACCGGGCUUUCAUUGCUUUCAACAACGAUAGUUGGGAUCUGAACCAUAUAAUUCAGACAUGCUUGCCACCUGGCAUAUACUGCGACGUGAUCUCCGGAUCCAGAACAGAGGACAAUCGCUGCUCGGGCAAACUCGUAGCCGUGGCCAGUGACGGCCGUGCGCAUAUCUAUGUAGCCACGCACGAAUUGGAUAUGAUGCUGGCCAUACAUGUAGGCAAUGAAUCACGCAUAUCCAACGAAUAACCGAAAGCCGUGAGAUCUCAAUGUACCUAAAUAAAACUUUUUUACUUUUA